AUGUCUCUAGACAUAUCGAUAAUUAAGAUAGUUGCCUCCCACCCUUUUCGUCCAAGUGCAACCGGUGGUGGAGGUCGGGAAUCAUAUAGUCUGCUUAACCCAUUGGCGACGCCUCGUCGUCGCCGACCCAUCCAUUACUCUAGCCGUCUAGGCCAUGCUACUCCCAUCCCGACAUCCGCCUUUCCUGUUGACCCGCAGCAACAUCACCUUUGUCCACCUGGAACACGUCCUAUUUCCGUCGGAGCCGAAUCCGGUUCUGGAUCAGUAUCUUCCUCUGGUGCUACAUCUCCCAGGCCCGCUUGCAUACCACGCCACUUGCGUGUCGUUUUGCCCCGGCUUGCCUCAGUUACAAUGCCAGCCAGUCAGCUCAAAUGGGCUGCGCCAAACAGCGUUGAAAACUGUGAUGGUUUCUUCCUCAGUUCCUCAGAGCCAGGUAAUAGCACUUGCAGGAGCGGAUUUAACGGUUCUAGCGCCUCUGGAUGGUCCAGAACCCCACCAUCGUCAACACAUUCAUCGGCUACCGUCAAACUCGCCUCUUGGACGCAUUCACCAUCAGAAUGUAAAAAUCCACUUUAA